AUGAGCGGAAGAGGCAAAGGAGGAAAAGGACUCGGUAAAGGAGGCGCUAAGCGUCACCGUAAAGUUCUCCGUGAUAACAUCCAGGGUAUCACCAAGCCCGCUAUCCGCCGCCUGGCUCGUCGUGGUGGUGUCAAGCGUAUCUCCGGCCUGAUCUACGAGGAGACCCGCGGUGUGUUGAAGGUUUUCCUGGAGAAUGUUAUCCGUGACGCCGUCACCUACACCGAGCACGCUAAGAGAAAGACCGUGACCGCCAUGGACGUGGUGUAUGCUCUGAAGAGGCAGGGCCGCACUCUAAACACAGCCCUCCACCUUCAGCCAGAAGAAGCGAAAAUGGCAAGAACCAAGCAAACCGCUCGUAAAUCUACUGGAGGCAAAGCCCCCAGAAAGCAGCUGGCCACCAAGGCUGCCCGUAAGAGCGCCCCGGCCACCGGCGGUGUCAAGAAGCCUCACCGUUACAGGCCCGGUACCGUGGCUCUUCGUGAGAUCCGUCGUUACCAGAAAUCCACGGAGCUGCUCAUCCGCAAGCUGCCCUUCCAGCGCCUGGUCCGUGAAAUCGCUCAGGAUUUCAAGACCGACCUUCGCUUCCAGAGCUCCGCUGUCAUGGCUCUGCAGGAGGCCAGUGAGGCUUACCUGGUCGGUCUGUUUGAGGACACCAACCUGUGCGCCAUCCACGCCAAGAGAGUCACCAUCAUGCCCAAAGACAUCCAGCUGGCUCGCCGCAUCCGCGGAGAGAGAGGUAUCACCAAGCCCGCUAUCCGCCGCCUGGCUCGUCGUGGCGGUGUCAAGCGUAUCUCCGGUCUCAUCUACGAGGAGACCCGCGGUGUGUUGAAGGUUUUCCUGGAGAACGUUAUCCGUGAUGCCGUCACCUACACCGAGCACGCUAAGAGGAAGACCGUGACCGCCAUGGACGUGGUGUAUGCUCUGAAGAGGCAGGGCCGCACUCUGUACGGCUUCGUAGCUUUACUUGGCCUUGGCGGGCUUCUCAGUCUUCUUGGGCAACAGAACAGCCUGGAUGUUGGGCAGCACACCUCCCUGAGCGAUGGUCACUCCACCAAGCAGCUUGUUAAGCUCCUCGUCGUUGCGGACGGCCAGCUGCAGGUGGCGGGGAAUGAUACGGGUCUUCUUGUUGUCACGGGCGGCGUUUCCAGCCAACUCCAGGAUCUCAGCGGUCAGAUACUCCAGCACAGCAGCCAGGUAGACGGGGGCGCCGGCACCCACACGCUCGGCAUAGUUGCCUUUGCGCAGCAGCCUGUGGACACGACCCACUGGGAACUGGAGUCCAGCGCGAGAAGAGCGGGUCUUUGCCUUGGCUCUGGCUUUUCCACCGGUUUUACCGCAGAAAGAAGAGCAAGAAAUAAAAUGGCAAGAACCAAGCAAACCGCUCGUAAAUCUACUGGAGGCAAAGCCCCCAGAAAGCAGCUGGCCACCAAGGCUGCCCGUAAGAGCGCCCCGGCCACCGGUGGAGUCAAGAAGCCUCAUCGUUACAGGCCCGGUACCGUGGCUCUUCGUGAGAUCCGUCGUUACCAGAAAUCCACGGAGCUGCUCAUCCGCAAGCUGCCCUUCCAGCGCCUGGUCCGUGAAAUCGCUCAGGAUUUCAAGACCGACCUUCGCUUCCAGAGCUCCGCUGUUAUGGCUCUGCAGGAGGCUAGCGAGGCUUAUCUGGUCGGUCUGUUUGAGGACACCAACCUGUGCGCCAUCCACGCUAAGAGAGUCACCAUCAUGCCCAAAGACAUCCAGCUGGCUCGCCGCAUCCGCGGAGAGAGAGCUUAA